AUGGCGGUUAUUCCUGGUCUUUCGGCACUUUUGAACAUGCAAGACUUCUCAAGUAUAGCUCUCGCUUUGCUGAAGCUAAGCCUGACGUUGAUCCCACUUUACCUCAUCGGUCUCCUGGCCUAUAAUGUCUACUUCCACCCUUUGUCCAAAUAUCCUGGACCUAAAUCUAUGGCAGCUACACGUCUGCCUUAUAUCCGCAUGAUCCUAGGUGGCCGGUUCCCACAAAAGAUGAAAGCAUUGCAUCAACAGUACGGCGAUGUAGUUCGCAUUGCCCCCGAUGAACUUUCUUUCAUAGACGGCGCGGCCUGGAAGUCAAUCUAUGGCACACGUGUUGGCCAUGGGCAGAAGUCUAAAGAUGAUCGAUUCUAUGCACCAACCGCUGGGGAAGCUCCCAGUAUCAUCGUCUCCAAUGACGCCGACCAUUCCCGCUUUCGACGUCUGUUGUCCCACGCAUUCUCCGAUAGCUCACUGCGCGGCCAGGAACCUAUAAUUAAAGUCUAUGUUGAUCUUUUGAUGCAGCGCUUGCAUGAGAAUAUCGAGAGUGGCACAAAGACCGUGGACAUGGUGGCCUGGUACAACUUCACAACCUUUGAUAUUAUUGGAGACCUGGCUUUUGGCGAGCCUUUCGACUGUCUCAAGAAUUCGGAUUACCACCAAUGGGUAUCCAUUAUCUUCAGUUCGCUCAAGUAUGGUGCCUACGCAAAUGUGUCUCGGCGCUUCCCGGGAUCGAAAUACAUCCUCCCAUACAUCACUCCUAAGUAUGUUCUCUCCCACAGGAACACACACCUAGCCUUGACCGAGGAAAGAGUCCAGAGUCGCAUAGCCAAGUCUAAUGAGAGACCUGAUUUCUUUGGCAACAUUUUGAGGUAUCGAAAUACCGAGAAAGGAUUCAGCAUCCCAGAAAUGAUCACUAAUGGCAGUACGUUGAUCAUCGCCGGCUCCGAGACCACUGCAACUGUGCUCUCUGGGGUGACGUAUCUGCUGCUGAGAAAUCCACGCGUUCUGGCAAAGCUUCAAGAUGAGAUCAGAUCAACAUUUACAAAAGAAGAAGACAUCACCUUGGAAUCCUGCAAUAAACUAGAGUAUUGUGUGGCCGUCCUCACUGAGACUCUUCGAGUGUAUCCACCCGUUGCAGUUGGAUUACCUCGUAUUGUUGAUGCCCAGGGUGAUAUGAUUGCUGGAAACUGGACCGUUGUUUCCGUCUCCCAUCUCGCUGCCAGUCACUCACCUACCAACUUUACCGAUGCAGAGCAGUUUAUCCCAGAGCGGCAUUUGGACAACCCUCGUUUUGCGAAUGACAGUAAAACUGCAAUGCAACCGUUCAGUUUCGGUCCUAGGAACUGCAUUGGACGCAAUCUGGCAUAUGUCGAAAUGCGUAUCAUUCUUGCUCGCAUGGUCUUCAACUUCGAUAUGGAAUUGGACCAGCCUGAAAAGGACUGGGCGGAUCAAGAAUGUUAUGUGCUAUGGAACAAGCCAAAGCUGAUGAUUAAACUAAAGCCGAGAGUUUAUUCCUAA